GAACUGGAGUUUGUUCAAAUCAUCAUUAUAGUUGUGGUUAUAACUGUUAUGGUGGUAGUGAUCAUCUGCUUGUUGAACCAUUACAAGCUCUCGACACGCUCCUUUAUCAACCGACAGAGCCAAAGCAGAAGACAGGAAGAAACUUUGCAGACGGAAGGGUGCUUGUGGCCUUCAGAAAGCUUGGUUUCACGCCAGGGUGCUUCAGAGAUCAUGUAUGCUCCAAGGUCCAGGGACAGGUUUACCGCCCCAUCUUUUAUGCAGCGGGACCGUUUCAGUCGCUUCCAGCCCACUUACCCUUACAUGCAGCAUGAGAUUGACCUUCCUCCAACCAUCUCCCUCUCUGAUGGGGAAGAGCCACCGCCGUACCAAGGCCCGUGCACCCUGCAGCUCCGGGACCCAGAACAGCAGAUGGAGCUCAACCGGGAAUCUGUCAGGGCACCGCCCAACCGAACCAUUUUUGAUAGCGACUUGAUAGACAUCUCGAUGUACAAUGGGGGCCCCUGCCCACCAAGCAGCAAUUCGGGCAUAAGUGCAACCAACUACAGCAGUAAUGGAAGGAUGGAAGGACCACCCCCGACGUACAGCGAGGUCAUGGGGCAUUACCCAGGCUCCUCUUUUUUCCAUCACCAGCACAGCAACGCGCCUCCUUCUUCGCAGAGGGGGAGCAGACUUCAGUUUCAGCAGAACAAUUCAGAGAGCACAAUAGUCCCCAGCAAAGGCCAAGACCGGAAACCAGGAAACCUGGUCUAAGUUACUCACCCAGGUGCAUUUGAACUGAAGACAAGAGAUUCAAGCAGGGUGGUGGAGGAAGACCCCCAUGCUCCGGUGCACAAUGUUGUUACGUUUCACGUGGUACAACUUAGUAAAACCAAACGUGCAAACCA